AUGCCGUCCGUCGAGGAUUGCGGAGCCGCCGUGGUCACAAGAUUUGAACAAGACAGCGACUGGUUCCAAGCAGAGAAUACAUCAAAUUUCUUCCAGAAUAGAGAUUCCGAAAUGGAGUGUUCAACAGACAACGCUCACGAAGGUCUACUCUCCGAUUGCUCUCAACUGGAAUUCCAUUUUGAAGAACGAACAGACUCGCCGACGCAUGCGGUCAGUGACGAUGUCGCAUCUAGAGAGGGCGAACAACAAUCAACGGAGGCACUACAAAACGAAAGUGGACCAGCAUCAACGAACAAUGAAACGAACCACAUGUGCUUUAACUCCAACACAUCGGAUGGAGAACAUGAAAUCAGAUUAUCAUACAUCGAUGCAUUAGAAGGCCAACGUCACCAUGAGGCUGCUGAUACCGGCAACACGAACAAUGGAGAGAGUUGCCCCGUCGGAGCAUCAAAUGCCGUAACAACUGCCUAUGACAAAAACAUUGAAAAACAGUUGCAAGCCUGGAUUGCUACGAAAGGGGAGUCGCAGUCUUACGAAGAGCCCACUAAUGUGUUUGCAAGAAAUUAUCCGUCGCACGAAUUCGAGUACUGGGCAGUAGAGGUCAGUUAA